ACCCAACUCGUUUGUUUCUGGAAGGAGCCGGUCGUCGGGCUGUUUGUGUCACCUCUGGAAAGGCAGCGGGGAGCUGCGGCUGGGAGCAGCCGGGCUGCAGCUCCUGCUGCCGCGGGAUCCAGGGCCGGGGGGGGGACAGCACUGGGCUCACUGCAAGCCCAGCAACCUCAGUGCCAGGGCUUAAUGCUGCCGAUUUAUAAAACACAUAGAAAAGCGCCUCCAAACAGCCAUUAGCAGUGCCUCAAAGGCGGUGCUGUGUCUGUCCCAGAAACGCUGCUCUUCGUAUCCACUCUGGAUGGAAACCUUCACGCAGUGAGUAAGAGCACAGGAGACAUCAAGUGGACCCUGAAGGAUGGUGAGUAGCAACCCGGGGAAGGGGGGGGGGGCUCGCUCGCAGCCUGGCUCCCUGAGCUUGUCGCUAGCCGGGUUCUGGGGGUGCACCCCCCCAGCCUGGCUCUGGGCUGGCAAUUCCCCCAGCCCCGAGGGACGCUGCCAGCUGCAGCUCCAGCCCCAGGCACGGCCGUGCGUGGGGGGGGGCCGGACCCCCGCUGCCAGCGGUGCCUAUUCUGGGUCUGAAAUGCAAAUAGGCUGCGGCUUGGGCACGGCAUCGCUUGGUAAACACUGCCACGUUGUCCCCGCUCGCAGGGAGAGGCUGCUGACGUCGGCGUUUCGCUCUCUUUUUCAGAUCCCAUUCUGCAGGUGCCGGUUUAUGUGGCAGAACCAGCAUUCCUUCCAGACCCCAAUGAUGGCAGCCUGUAUAUCCUGGGAGGAAAAAACAAAGAAGGCUUGAUGAAGCUCCCGUUCACCAUCCCGGAGCUGGUCCAGUCCUCGCCGUGCCGCAGUUCGGACGGCGUGCUCUACACCGGGAAGAAGCAGGACACGUGGUUCAUCGUGGACCCCAAGUCAGGAGAGAAGCAGACCACUCUCUCAACAGAGGCCUGGGACGGUGUGUGCCCGUCAAGCCCCCUGCUCUACAUCGGCCGUACCCAGUACGUCAUCACCAUGUACGACACCAAGUCACGGGAGCUGCGCUGGAAUGCCACCUUCUCCGACUACUCGGCGCCGCUCUGCGAGGAGUCCUGCCACUACAAGAUGGCACACUUCGCCUCGAGCGGGGACGGGCUGGUGGUGACGCUGGACAAGGAGAGUGGGGAGGUCCUGUGGGCGCAGAAUUACGGCUCGCCCGUGGUCGGCAUCUACGUGUGGCACCAGGACAGCCUCCGCCGCGUCCCCCACCUCAACCUGGCCAUGGAGACCCUGCGCUACCUCACCUUCCAGUCGCAGGACAUCCACCUCCUCAAGUGGAGCUACCAGUCCACGAAGGGCUUCGCCGCCACCAAGACCCAGCUGCUGCCAGCUCUCUACGUGGGGAAGCAUGCGGCCAGCUUCUACGCCUCGACCUCCCUGGUCCACGGCAGCGUGGCUCUGGUGCCGCAGGGCAUCACGCUGGCCAGGAUCGACGGCCCCACCACGGACGACGUGACCAUGAGAGAGUCGGGGGAGUGCGAGAUCACGCCCAGCACCGACGUCAAGUACCCUCAGGGCAGCAUCGCCUCGCUCCACAACCAGUGGCUCCUAAUAGGGCACCACGAGCUGCCUCCCGUGGUCCACACGACGAUGCUGCGAGCCUUCCCGGAGAACCUGAGGAAGACAACGGAAACCAUCAUCCCCAGGGCUCCUCCCGCCAGGACCGUGUUCGAUGAUUUUCUGGCCCCGCGCAGCCCCGGGGAGCCGGCUGUCCGCAGCGAGGGGCAGUUUCAGCCGGACCCCGCGCCGGGGGAGCAGGCGGAGGUGUACCCCGAGGCCAGCAGCUGGGACCUGCUGGUGGCUGGCGUCGGCACGGCUCUGCUGGGCGGCGGAGUCCUGUUCCUGCUGCUCACGAAACUGCAGAAGCAGCACGAGGUACAGCAGCAGCAGCUGGAGAAGCAGAUUCAGCUCCUGCAGCAGCAGCAGGAGAUGCUGCUCCCGGGCCGGGUCCCUGCAGAGCCCGGGGAGCCGGGGCUGAGCCAGGGAAGCUCGUCGCAGGUCUCGCAGAGCUCCAGCCCCUCGGCCCCCCUGAAGGACCCGGCUAACGGGGUGGUCAGCCCGGAUCCGGCUGUCCCGGCGGCUGCUGCAGAUCCAGAACCAGACGUGAUUGUAGUUGGGAAAGUUUCUUUUAACCCCAAAGAUGUGCUGGGCCACGGAGCUGGAGGAACCUUUGUCUUCAGGGGCCAGUUUGAGGGCCGGGACGUGGCCGUGAAGCGCCUCCUGCCCGAGUGCUUCCGUCUCGUGGACCGCGAGGUCCAGCUGCUCCGGGAGUCGGACGAGCACCCCCACGUCGUCCGCUACUUCUGCACCGAGAAGGACAAGCAGUUCCACUACAUCGCCAUCGAGCUCUGCUCCGCCACGCUGCAGGAGUACGUGGAAAAGCCCAGUUUCGAUCGCCGCAGCCUGGACCCAGUAUCUCUGCUGCGUCAGACCAUGUCCGGGCUGGCCCACCUCCACUCCCUCAGCAUCGUCCAUCGUGACCUGAAGCCCUGUAACAUCCUCAUCUCUGUCCCGAAUCGCCACGGGCAGAUCCGAGCCGUCAUCUCCGACUUCGGCCUCUGCAAGAAGCUCCAGGGGGGACGGCAGAGCUUCAGCCUCCGCUCCGGCAUCCCUGGCACCGAGGGCUGGAUCGCGCCCGAGGUGCUGCAGGAGGCCCCGAAGGAGAACCCUACGUGCGCCGUGGAUAUCUUCUCAGCCGGCUGCAUCUUCUACUACGUGGUGUCAGGAGGGCAGCACCCCUUCGGGGACAGCUUGCGGCGACAGGCCAACAUCUUGUCGGGCUCUUACCAGCUAAGCUGCCUGCAAGAAGAAGCUCACGACAAGCUUGUUGCGCGAGAGCUGAUUGCAGCAAUGCUCAGCCCCGAGCCCCAGCACCGACCCUCGGCCCCGGGGGUCCUUGCGCACCCCUUUUUCUGGAGCCAGGAGAAGCAGCUACAGUUCUUCCAGGACGUCAGCGACCGCAUCGAGAAGGAGCCGGCCGAGGGGCCCCUCGUCUUGGCGCUGGAGGCGGGGGGGCGGGCGGUGGUGAGGACCAACUGGAGGAUGCACAUCUCGCUGCCGCUGCAGACCGACCUGAGGAAGUUCCGCACCUACAAGGGGGGCUCGGUGCGUGACCUCCUGCGGGCCAUGAGGAACAAGAAGCAUCACUACCACGAGCUGCCAGCCGACGUCCGGGCAGCCCUGGGCUCCGUCCCCGAUGACUUUGUCCAGUACUUCACCUCCCGCUUCCCCCGGCUGCUCCUGCACACACACGGGGCCAUGAGGGUCUGCGCCCGCGAGCGGCUCUUCCGCUCCUACUACUGCCACGGCCCGGGGGGCGAGGGCGAGUGAGGGGGGGACACACGCCACGAGGCUGCUGCGGCCGCUCCUCCCUGCCCCGCUCCUACCCACAGCCCCAUCUCCGGCAUCCUUCACCCCCUCGCCGGGGCGAGGUGGGACCCCCGGACCCACUGGUCACCCAACGUGCUGGUGGGUUACGGUGGGGCGGGCGUAGGGUGGCACUGGGCUCCUGAGGAGCCCAAGAGGGACCCUCUGGGCACCCACCUUUGCAAACGCUCGAGGUCAGACUCAGCCGCCUGAAGGCAUUUGUGUUGGAGAACAAACCCCAAAACCUCUGCGGUGAUGGCAAAAGAAGAAAGGAGAAAAUGCAUGUUGCAUUUUCCUGAGGGGAGCUGGCAGGGUGCUGCAGCCAGGCUGGAGCCCCGGGGGGUGGUGACCAGGGAGCAGCAAGCUUCAGCCCCCGCGUCCUCCCCUGCCCCAUGCCUGGGAAAGCGGCUCUUUGAGUGUGUUCAGCACAGCUGGGACCAGGACCAGUACACCAGUCUUGACACUGGAGAGGCUCCUGCAGAGGAGCUCCUGGAGAGGCACAGUGGGUCAGCUUUUAGCAACCACCGUGGGGCUUGGACCCGCUGAUUCCAUCAGGGCUGCCCCCAGCCCUGGAGGGCAGCACAAUUCCGAUAAUGAAGGUUUUAAUCUCAGCUGGGCUGAGAAAAAGGUUUUUUCCCUUUUGUUUACCAGCAGCCUGUAGUUAUGCCAGGGAAAUCCCUUCUCCCCAGGGAUCCCUUCCCUCCACAGCCUCUCCCGCUGCCCCAGGGCUGUUCUGGUUUAUGGCAUGCCCGUGGGCACGGGUUUCACAGGCACCAGCCUCCAAGGGCAGCACCCGCUGGGUCUGGGAGCAGCCGGUGCUCCUCAGCAAGGUUCCCACUCCAGAACAGCAAUAAUUUUGUACAGUCUGAUUCCUCUGUGUGCUGGGGUGUGGGAUUGUGUUACACAGGUAACAAGGGGUUUGUACCUGCUUUGGUUUCAGAACACUGUAGUGUCUAGAGCAUUUUCUAUAAAAAGUUGUAAAAAAAAUAAAAACUAAAAAGCUC